AUGAUUUGCGCAAAAGUGAAUGGUACUGAAGUUUGUUUACCAAAGGGUUCGACAGUUAUGGAUGCUGCAGAAUCACUUGGCAUUUAUAUUCCAAAACUUUGCGCACAUCCAGAUAUCCCACCACAAGGAAAAUGUAGACUCUGCGUUGUAAAAACAGCAGGGAAUAACUACACACUAGCAUGUUCAACGAAAUUAGUAAAUAACAUGGAAAUUACGACGAAUACACCAGAUGUCAAGAAAAAAGCGUUAGAUGCUCUUUCACAAUUCAAUGAUAUGUCUUUGAUGCCAUUAACACCCGAAAUAGAAGAAAUAUACAAAUACUUAACUAAUAAGAAGCCAACCAGAGGUCGCAAAGCCGAAAAAACUCAUGCACUCUCUUUUGAUCCUUCUCUUUGCGUUAAUUGUGGUCGAUGCGUUAGAGCAUGCAGUGAUAUUCAAUGCAUAGGUGCUCUUGAUGAAGAAUCUCACUCAUUAAACGAUAAUGAUUGUAUACAGUGCGGAAUGUGCACUACAGUCUGCCCAACAGACGCCCUGAUUCAUAACUCAUCGGUACCUCAAUUGAUCAAGGCUAUAUCGUCCGGAAAAACGAUGAUUUUACAAAUUUCUCCUUUUGUUAAAAUUAAUUCUGACACACACUCCAAAUACUUGACGAACCAAGUAUCAGUCGAAAAAAUCAUCGGAGCAGCAAGAAUUAUGGGAUUUAGAUACGUUUUCGACCAAAAAUUCGGAACAGACGUUUCUAUCAUCGAAGACGCCACAGAAUUAAUGCAAAGACUUGAAAAGAGAGAGAAACUACCAAUGAUUACGAGCUCCUGCCCUUCGUGGGUCAACUUUAUCGAGAAAAUUUUCCCGGAUCUUACAGAAAAUUUAUCGACAACGAUGAGCCCUCAUAUCAUUACAGGCAGCCUUAUCAAGAACUGCUUCUCAAACCUCAAGAAUAUCGAUCCUAUGAAGGUUUUUGUCGUUUCAUUAUUACCAUGUACCGCUGCAAAGGACGAAAUCAAGAGAGAGUCACUUAAUGGUAUGGUAGAUGCUGUAAUAACAGCAAACGAGUUCUUGGAAUUGAUGAAUACCUUCGAUAUAAAGUUUGAUGACGUAAUGGAUUCAAAAUUCGACAAUAUACUCGCCGAUAACUCAGCAACGCCUCUAGAUAGCAAGAUCUGCCAAAAUAUUACAGAACCAACGCUCUGCUACCUUCACCAGAAAUAUAAUAACGAAGAAUUAAAUAAUUUCAACUUUGAACACUUACACGACUUCAAGAUGAUCAGAACAUCAUCAGUAACUAUCGGAAAUCGUACUGUUAGAGCUGCCGUCUGCAAUUCUAUCGCUGAUGCAAGAGAUUUCAUCGAAUCAGGAAAAUUCCACGAAUACGAUUACAUUGAAGUACUUGCCUGCCCAGGCGGAUGCUUCUACGGUGGUGGCCAGCCAAAAAUGUCCCGAAAAACCGCCGAAAUUCAGGAAACAAACGCAUUAAUCGAGAAAGAGCUUCCUUAUCAGUUCCCACAGAAGCACAUGGAUGAUAUCAAGCUCAUUUACAACAAAUUAUUCAGUGCUUCUGUCGGAGAUUCCAAUAAUAAUUUACUUCAUACAACAUUUUCAAAGAAAGACACUCCAUUCCUCGAAAUGAAGCGCAACAUUACAUCUCUACCUAUUGUAGCGUUCGGAUCUUCAUCAGGAACAGCUUCUCGCCUUGCAAGAAUCUUUGCUUCUUAUUUCAACACAUUACCAGUACAAUUGAACAUGGUUACGAUGCAGACAUUACAGAAGUCAUCACAAAUCAUCAUUUUCUGUUCCACUUUUGGAGAUGGCGAAUUUCCAAACAACGCACAGAAGUUUGUAGAGAUGCUGAGUGACUCAAAUGAAGAUUUAUCACAUCUGUCAUACGGAAUCUGCGCAUUGGGAUCGAAAGACUACCAGAAAUACUGUUUUUGCGGUCAUCAACUGGAUAAACUCUUCGUUCAGCACAAAUCAAAGAGAUUAAUAGAGAUGGUCGAACUCGAUUCAUCAUCUCCUGACCACGGAGAGUGUUUAUUUGAACUUUGGGCUGCAAAAUGCGGAACAAUGCUCGGAUUUAAGAUGCCAGACCUCGCAAUCAGUACAAACUACACAGUAAAGGUAUCAAAGAACCCAGAUGAUAUAAUACAUAAGGAGAAAGAACAACCAUUAGGUUACGAAUACGGAAUUUUAGUUACAUCUCAAGUAAUUACGCCAGAAGGCUUCGAACCAAAGAUGCACAAGUACCAGAUCAAGCUUCCACCUGGAGUUAUCUAUCAAACAGGCGAUUUGGUCGGAAUUCUCCCUGAAAAUGAUGAAGAUGCAGUAAAAGCGGUUUUGGAUGAACUCAAACUCGAUCCCGAUGAUAUAAUCACUGUAGAAUCGUCAAUGCCAGAAGGAUACAACAUAAUUCCGCCGAGAGUUACGAUGAAACAACUUUUCUCGCAAUAUCUCGAUUUGAAUGGAAUUCCGAGCCGUAAUCUUUUGAGAGCGUUUCGGCAGUUUUGCGACGAUCAGUUUGCUGUCGAACGUCUCGAUCGGCUUUUGAAUCCAAGCGAUUCAAGAUUAUUUGACGAGUUCGUAAAGGACAUAUCGAUAUCGGAAUUUAUUCUGGAGUAUUCCAGGCAUUGCAAGCCGCCGCUCGAUAUUCUCAUGUCUUGUAUUCCUCAUAUUUGGCCGAGGUUAUAUUGCAUCGCCAGUGCACCGACAAACUCUUCCGUGAUAGAUCUGAUCAUAAGCGACAGAAUAUUCGGAGAUGGUAACUCGAGAAACGGUCUUUGUACCUCAUAUCUCAAACGUAUCCCAGAAAUGUCCAAAAUCGCAUUGAAGACCCAACACGGAAUCUUCUAUUACCCCAAGAACGUCGAUACUCCAAUAAUUAUGGUAGCUAUCGGUUGCGGAAUUGCUCCAAUGAUGUCAAUGUUGCAACAUAGACAAGCAUUGAUAUACGAGGACAAGCUGAACAUCGGAAGCGCUUCCCUUUUCUUCGGAUGCAGAAACAAAGGAACGUAUCCUUACUUGGAUGAUGUUCUCAACAAUUUUGUGGAAAAUAAAUGUUUACAAAAUUUGUUUGUAGCGUAUUCAAGGGAAGGAACAACAAAUCCGUACGUUACUUCUGCAUUAAUGGACAGGAUGGAUGAGGUAUGGGAGAGCUGGAAGGAUCCAAACUGCGUAAUUAUGUACUGCGGACCACCAAUUGGAGUUCCCGACCAAAUUAAAACUAUAAUGGUCAGAAUUUCAAUGAAGAAGGGUGAAAUGUCAAGAGAAGAGGCUGAAAAGUUCUGCGCAUUACAUCCACAUUUGUUCGAAUCGUUUUAA